AUGCUGAACUCGCAGGCCGGCGACAAAGGGGAUGGCGAUGUGCCGACGCCCAAGAGGUCGCGAGGGAAGGGCAAAGCCCGAGUGGCCAACGAUCAACCGGGCAAGUGGGCCCGCACAACACCCCCUAGUCCGGGCUUCGAUGUCGCGCAAGCUCCUUUGGAACCCCAUCAGACCGUGGUGUUCGAGAGGAUGACGGCGGCCAUGGAUGACCCCACGGUCGCCAUCAACCGCGCCAAGAUGUUGGAGAUCGCGCGGGAAGUCGCCAAAACCAAGGGCAUGGGGGAAGAUGCGUCAAUAUGUGACGUCCUUCGGAAAGCGUGUGGGGAGUACGGUCUCCGGCGGUCGCUUGCCCUCGACCAGUUGCGCAAACGCCCCCUCGCCGACAACGAGAUGAAGGAGGGCGGGAUCGAGGUCUUCGAUCAGAAAAAGGACUACGGGGGGCAGGUGAACGGCCGUGUGGCGAACGACGGUCCGGCAUGGAACAUCCCGGCGGGGCUGGUGCUGGCCGGAGCGGAAGCCAUCGACACGGUGACCAGCGAGACUUAUGUGUGGAGGACGGGUGACCCCCACAGAUCGUCGAGGGAGCUACACGAGGCGAUUCUUGCCCUCGUCUUCCUCGGGGGGCUGGUGUGGAGCAAGGAGUCCGCAGGUCUCAACCAGAAGGUCGGGGGGACCUUUACUGACGAACAGCGGGAACGAGGAGGGGCGGCUCGAGGCUCCAGGAAGGGACGGAGCGACCACGAACGGGGCGGUGCCGGUGUCCGCAGAGAUAUCACGCUCGCGAGGGACAUUCUCCGGUCUCGCCCCGAGUCUACGGAUAUCCCGCCCUUCGAGAGUUUCAAGUGCCCGGAGGAGGGUUGCGGCAACUUCCUGAAGCUCGGGGACCGGUGGUUCUUCGACAUCCUCCAGAAUAAGUGGAAGUACGUGGGGCCCAGGUGUCAACCCAAGGGUGGUCAUUCGGCGGCGGAGAUGGUACCGUGUUCAGACGCGAAGGGGAAGGAAGGGUACAGCAACGAGGAGAUGAAGAUGUUGCCGUUCGUCGGGAACAGCAGGGCCUCUAAGGUAGUGAGGGAAAACCAGGAUGCAUACGCGGGGUGGCUGACGGAGGAUGCGGCACGGUUGGAAGAAGAGAGGCGGUAA